GGGCGGUAGUAACCCAUUCAUGGGGCUCGCGAGCGGCUGCAGCCCAGCUCCUUGGUGCUCGCAGCCACCGCCUCCUCUCGGCUCCGGGUCUUCCCCUUCCUUUUACAACUGAUCCUGUUGGGGAUUUUUUUUUUUUCUAAAUUGGAGCGGUGGGGAGGAGCAGGGAGGGGGACCAGGAGGAAGGAGAGAGAUUAGGCAGCCAUCAAUCUCCUCCUGUUUCUCCCAGAACAGGUGAUGCUUCUAAAUUGUGAUCACUUUCUGGACGCAGAACUGCCGCUGCAAGGAUGCGAGCGACUUAGGACAGAGGGCCUGAGGCGGCAGAUCUGAACUUGCGGAGGAUAAAACCCAAACUAACUACAUCAGUCCGCACCUCACGAGUGAAGCGAAGGACUGGUUAUCUUUUUUCUUUCUUUUUCUCCAAGAGAGACUCAAACUUCAGCACUUGAUCCUUUUUUUUUUUUUUUUUUGGAUUGCGUUGGAGGAAACGGUUUGGUGACAGCGUUGGGAACAGUAACGACAGUGUUGUAACUCUUAUUUUUAAAGAGACAGUAGAUCAGAUUUUUUAAAUGUUUGGGAUUCAAGAUACUUUAGGAAGAGGACCAGCUCUGAAAGAGAAAUCGCUGGGCGCCGAGAUGGAUUCGGUCAGGUCCUGGGUCCGGAAUGUCGGCGUGGUGGACGCCAAUGUCGCGGCGCAGAGCGGAGUCGCCCUGUCCCGUGCCCACUUUGAGAAGCAGCCUCCCUCCAACUUGAGGAAAUCCAACUUCUUUCACUUCGUCCUGGCGCUUUACGACAGGCAGGGGCAGCCCGUGGAGAUUGAGCGCACAGCCUUCGUAGACUUUGUGGAGAACGAUAAAGAACAAGGCAACGAGAAGACCAACAACGGCACCCACUACAAGUUACAGCUCCUCUACAGCAACGGCGUCCGCACGGAGCAGGACCUGUACGUCAGGCUCAUUGACUCGGUCACCAAGCAGCCCAUAGCUUACGAGGGACAAAAUAAGAAUCCGGAAAUGUGCCGAGUUCUCCUGACACACGAAGUCAUGUGCAGUCGAUGUUGCGAAAAGAAAAGUUGUGGAAACCGAAAUGAGACUCCUUCAGACCCUGUCAUCAUCGACAGAUUCUUUUUAAAAUUUUUCCUCAAGUGCAAUCAGAAUUGUUUGAAAACAGCAGGAAACCCAAGGGACAUGAGAAGGUUUCAGGUUGUGUUGUCGACAACGGUAAAUGUGGAUGGACAUGUGCUGGCUGUUUCUGACAACAUGUUUGUUCAUAACAACUCCAAGCAUGGACGGAGGGCGAGAAGACUGGACCCAUCGGAAGCUACCCCCUGCAUCAAAGCCAUUAGCCCAAGCGAAGGCUGGACCACUGGAGGAGCCAUGGUCAUCAUCAUUGGGGACAACUUCUUUGAUGGCCUCCAAGUGGUGUUUGGGACCAUGCUUGUAUGGAGCGAGCUUAUAACUCCUCAUGCCAUCAGAGUGCAGACUCCUCCUCGGCACAUCCCCGGAGUAGUGGAAGUAACAUUAUCUUACAAAUCCAAACAGUUCUGCAAAGGAGCUCCAGGGAGGUUCAUUUACACAGCAUUAAACGAACCCACCAUAGACUAUGGUUUCCAGAGGCUGCAGAAAGUCAUCCCGAGGCAUCCUGGAGAUCCGGAGAGAUUAGCUAAGGAAAUGCUGUUGAAAAGAGCUGCAGAUCUAGUGGAGGCCCUCUAUGGGACACCACACAAUAACCAGGACAUCAUUUUGAAGCGAGCCGCAGACAUUGCUGAAGCCCUGUACAGUGUCCCCAGGAAUCCCAGCCAGAUCCCAGCUCUUUCCAGCUCUCCAGCUCACAGUGGCAUGAUGGGCAUCAAUUCUUAUGGCAGCCAACUUGGGGUCAGCAUCUCAGAGUCAACACAGGGAAAUAAUCAAGGAUACAUCCGCAAUACAAGCAGCAUCUCUCCGCGAGGCUACUCUUCCAGCUCCACUCCUCAGCAGUCUAAUUACAGCACCUCCAGUAACAGUAUGAAUGGCUACAGCAACGUCCCCAUGGCCAACCUGGGCGUUCCAGGGUCACCAGGAUUUCUAAAUGGCUCCCCCACAGGCUCCCCUUAUGGAAUCAUGUCAUCAAGUCCUACUGUUGGAUCUUCCAGCACGUCUUCCAUCCUCCCAUUUUCCUCUUCAGUUUUUCCUGCUGUCAAACAGAAGAGUGCCUUUGCCCCUGUCAUCAGGCCCCAAGGCUCCCCUUCUCCCGCCUGCUCCAGUGGCAAUGGAAAUGGAUUCAGAGCCAUGACCGGACUUGUUGUGCCCCCGAUGUAAAGAGGAAGAACUGCUUUCUUAUAGCACAAAACUACUUACUCUGAUGGACCAAUAAUGAAGAAAGCACUAUGAGCUCUGUGGGGAGAGUUGUGCCCCCAAAAUGAACAUGAUGGACAGAUUUGGGUAUAUGAGGAGCGGCGUCUUAUCUGGUCUCACAUUUCUCACGUAGCUCUGAUGGUGGCUACACAAACUGACCCCUUGGGGACAAGGACAAAAGAUGUCAUUGACGUAGUCAGUGCUAAAAGCAGAAAUGCAAUUAAUUCUUUGUUAUGAACAUUGUAAGAACCACCUUCCUAUGUUUGUAAAAUAUUUAAGAAAAAAAUUGGCAAACAAUUCAUGCUUAAUAUUUUGGAUACUAUUUGUUUUUCUUUGUAGGAAAAAAAAAGUUGAAAGUUUCUAUUUUCUAUGAAGCCUUUCAGAUACCAAUUUAGUUUAUGCAGAAAAAAAAAUUGAACAAAACAGGGUACCAGCAUGGAAGACUUUCUUAAAACGAAACCUGAAUUGAAUGAUGAAAUGUUGUUGUAUGUGUGUUUGCUUAUAGUUUAAUCUCUUUAAAAAACAAACAAACAAACAAAAAAACAAAAAAAGGGAAAAAAUUUAAAAUGUUUUACAAUUAUUUAAAUAAAUAAACGUGUAACUUAUUGUAAGUAGAGGUAGAAAUUAAGACCUUUUUGGAAGAGAGGAAUUUCUCUUCUUGAUGUAAAAUGAAACCGAUGCAAACAUGUAGUAACAAGUUUAAAAGGUGUGUGAUGAUUACUGCAGUUACUUACUAGACUCUUAUCCCCCAUCCUGCAUCCCCCUCUUUUCCAUCAUUUUAUUGACCCAUGGGCAAGAACAGGUACCUGAUGUAGAUUCCUUCAGAACAACCCGAUGCAGAAAGAUUCAAGUCCAUACACAUAUACAGACACUCAAGCCCAUCAAUUCAUUCCCAGCUCCAUCUGCUUUCUAAAUAGUCUACAUGUCCCUUUUGGUAUUCACUCUUUGCAAAUUUUUUAAAAACUUAUAUUAGCUUCAACAUUCUCCCCUGAGCGUGCAGAGAAUUCCCGUGUUUCCGUGUGUCCCCAGCUUUGCAUCCCAGGGAAAGACCUUCAAGAAGAGCCAAAGCCACAUGACUUUCCCAAACCGAGGAGCCCCUUUGGAAUUCUUGACAGAGCCAUACUCUCCUUCCUCUUGGGUUACCUUGUUCAACACCAAGGUAGAAGCCCCACAGAACUUCAGAAACAGGGUUUGAAGAAGACGACUCUGUUUCUUGGACUCUUAGAAUGUCCAAAUCUUUUUUUUUUCUUUUUGCAGAUUUCCCCUUUCAUGGAACUAAACUUUCUUGAAAAAAUUAAGCAUCCCACUUGACACAGUUUUGAGGCAGGAAUGGGAUGGGGUGUGGAAGAGAAAUGUUAAAAGCCCUAAAUCCCUCUCCUGAUGUUCAAAGAAAUGGAAACUCAGAUUCUUAGCAAGGUCCGAGAUGGGGGGGCAUCUGUGUUCGAAGCAGCUCAGUUAUCUAGGCCUGCGAUGGGCUCUCUAUCUAGUUCUGGGAGUGGCCCCUAGGGAGAGAAACACUGCAGGAGCUGCUAAGAGUGGCUGACUCUUGAAAGCCUGUGUGAUCCUGGGGAUGUAUCCAGACUUAUUUGGAUUACCAAUAAGGAUGUCAUUUUUUUUCCCAUGCCAGGGUUCUCCUUGUUGACUCAUUGGCACCACAAUAUAGUCUAUACACAGACUCCAGUUUGGCAUUCUUGGUUGGGGUUCUAACACUAGAAAUUCCAUGCAUUUCUCAUG